GCCUGUCAUCCUUUCCCCGGAACCUUCCCCGCCGAAAUUCGAGACCGUUCGGCGCGGCGUGUGGGGUUCUCGGCUUGCCCAAGUCCGCGUGCAGCUCGUUCUAAAUACUACCGCGCCGAAACUGCAUCUUCCGGAUAAAGCAGACGAGCAUGAAGGAUGGAGACGGGAGAGGCGACCGCGACUCCCGCGCCUCGUGGCACCGGUCGCAGUGGACCUCGAGCCUCGUUGGCAUGCAUGAAUUGUCGACAGCGCAAGAUCAAGUGUCGCAUGACAGAUCCCAACUCCGCGGCGUGUCACUCGUGUCGCUCCCUCGACCUGCCUUGUAUCGUCAACAAAGACGGUGACCGAAGGAAAGCUGGGUCACGGCAGCAUGUCGCUGCACUUCAGGAGCGCCUCGACUACCUCGAGUCCUACAUUGCCAAUCAGAACGCUGCUGCAGCCGACUCUUCUUCCGCCUUCCCAUCCAAUGUUGGUCCACCUCCGAUGGGCGUUCACAUGCCCUCAUUCGAUGGAUCGACUGCCUCGGCACGACGCUCCAGCAAUCUCCCCGACUCUCAAGGCUCGCAAAGUAGCCCCCAAUCAGCAAUGUCGAACGUGAACAAUCUCAUGUACAUGGACCAUGAUGUGUCGCCAGGUCAAGCGCUACCGGGUGGUCAGUCUCGUCAAGCGGAUCUGGGCCGACUAACACCAUCAUCCGACAAAGAAACAAAUCGCCUGCAACUCGAUGAGGCGUAUGGCGGCCCACGGUUUUACGGUCCCACCUCUCAAGCCCAUAUCCACCGCCAAAGUGUACCCGUCGAAAGCGAGGAGCACGCCACGCACGACGAGGGCCUCAAUAUCGAUUCCACGCCUCUGCGAACGGCAAUCUUCUCAACCUACUGGAAAAUCCAGCCUCAUUCCAUCGUCAUGGUCGACGAAAGUCUUUUCCUCGAAGGCCGAGAGGGCAGACGCCGCUCAGAAUACUACUCCACGUUCUUGGAGGAUGCUCUACUUGCAUCUGCCACACGUAUGAGUACCUCGGGAGGCGUACGAGCCUUGGGCCCCAAAUUUGUGGAGCGCGCAAAGGCAGCCAUUGCGGACGAACUCGAGCGGCCCAACACCGCGACUCUCCAAGCGUUUCUUUUGCUCAGCGAUUUCGAAGCCACGAGGGGCCGAGAUCGCUUAGGAUAUCUGUACUGUGGUAUCGGCUGCCGCCUGGUUUUCGACCUCGGGCUUCAUGAGAGCUGCGCAGAUCUCGUCUCCAGAGGGAAAAUGGCACCGCACGAAGCCAUGUGGCGGCAUACUGUGUUUCUGGGAUCGUACGUGUAUGACAAACUCUGGAGCCUCUACACUGGACGACCCGGCACUAUCCCCAUAGCGACUGUCGACGUAGCACACAGUCGAGCGCUGGCGUCUGGCUGGCUCGGUCCUGCCUCCCUCGAUCCUUGGGUUCGUCUCUCCUCGGACAUAUCGGAAGCGACAGACAUUCUGAAUGGAACAUCACCACUCAACGACGAGGCCAAAGAGCGACUUGUCAGACUCGACGAAACGAUCCAGAGACGCCCUGAGAAUCUACCACUCGAGCUGAUGCUAAACAAGGAUCGGGUCUCUGAUCUGCCUCCGAGCGCGUACAGCCUUCACAUUCAGUUUCACGGCAUUCGAAUCAUCCUGCACAGACUGCUGUACAAGACGGCAACUCACCAAGCCAUCGAAUCACCAAGCGACGCCGAUCACAGAAACUUUAGCCUUGAGCACUCGCGGGCAAUCAUGUACGAGAAUGCAACACAGAUUGCACAGCUUGUCUCCGUGUAUCAGCAGAUCUUCGGGAUUGAGCAAGUCAUCACCAUCAUGCUCGACAACUCCUACGUUGCUGCUGUCGUGCUUGUUUCACAUCUCCUUCGCGUGGGACAGAUGGAUCCUGUCCCGCCUGGCGUCGAUAGAGAUAUGAACCGUCUACGGGCGCUGGCCGACCUUCUUUCGAAGGCGCAGAAACACUACCCCGUCACCGUCCGCAUGCGAUUCUCCCUGGCCAGUCACGUGGAGAACACACCCAUGGCCGGCAUUUUCGGAACGUUUGCGCACAACACCCACGAACCGCAAAACGCAACGGUGACGGAAGUGCCAUCCAACAUACCAGCACACGCGCGACAAACACUGCCAGAAGGCAGCGCCGAGAUCUUUCAGGACUUCAACGCCGGUCGCGCCGAUAUGGCUCUCUUCGAGGACUGGGGCGGUGACACGGGCGAGAGUAUCUUCCAAGAGAUGGACAUGCAGAAUAUGCUGUCCUGGGCACUGAGUCCGCACAACACGCGCACGGAUCUGGCCUUUCAAUGACGAGACCAUGGUGAGACUUCUA